GACUCCACCCAUCAGUCAACCCCAAAGCGAGACAGGCACCCCUGGGCAGGUGUCCACCUCACUCCUCGGCGUUACGUUUGGAAAUUAGCUUGUUCCGUUUCCGAAGGAGUCCACGCCUUGCUUUGCGGUCAUGAUGAGAGGAAAGCGGGCGUGUGAGGUGGAAUAUCAUCGUCGUAGUGGUAGUAGUAAUUCACCCUGUGUACCGAGCUUGUUGUUAACCCCUUGGAGGUGUUAGCUGGUCAUCUGUAUGUUUUCUUUUUUUUUUUUUUAACCAAAAUACACAAUCCAUCCUUAAUUAAUUUACUCGGCGGACGAGGAGGAGCAUCCAUCCCACUUUUAUUACUUGCUGCGGGCAACACGGACUGAAGAGAGAGCGAGAGAAACACGGGCAGGAGUCAACAUGUUCGAGACAAGAGGAAUCCCCUUCGUCGUUCUCGACCUCGUCUGCCUUGUUUUAGGAGGCCUGCCCCUGGCGGCCUUCAACCUGGGUAAGAUCCGUCCCUACCAGAGGGGCUUUUUCUGUAGCGACGACAGCAUCAAGUACCCUUUCCACCACAGCACCGUCACCUCCACCGUGCUCUACACGGUGGGCUUCUCGCUGCCCAUUAGCUGCAUGAUAUUCGGCGAGUGCCUGUGCGUGUACCUCAAGCGUCUGCAGUCCAAGUCGUCGUACGGCAGCUACGUGGCACGCGUCUACAAGGCGGUGGGCACCUUCCUGUUCGGCGCCGCCAUGAGCCAGUCACUCACCGACAUCGCCAAGUAUUCCAUCGGCCGUCUCCGGCCGCACUUCCUGGACGUGUGCAAGCCCAACUGGAAUUGUUCUGUGGGCGUCUACGUGGAGAAUUUUGCCUGCACCGGAAAUCCCACCAUGGUCAAUGAGGGCAGGUUGUCUUUCUAUUCCGGCCACUCUUCCUUCUCUAUGUACUGCAUGCUGUUUCUGGCGCUGUACCUGCAGGCCCGUCUGCGCGCAGAGUGGGCUCGCCUGUUGAGGCCCACAAUCCAGUUUUUCCUGAUUGCCGCCUCAGUGUACACGGGGUUGUCACGUGUGUCUGACUAUAAGCAUCACUGGAGCGACGUUCUCACUGGCCUCCUACAGGGGGCGCUCAUGGCAAUCCUAGUGGUGUUUUUCGUGUCCGACUUUUUCAAGCAGCCCCGGGAGGCCCGCAAGGAGGCCGACAUCCCCCACACCAGCCUCCAGGAGACCCCCACUAACGGAAACCACUUCGAAAGCCCAAACUGAAACUUCAAUCGCCUGCUUGUCGAGUCGACGCACCUCAAGCCUUCUAUUUAAUUUUAUUUUAUUCAAAUGUUGUCUUUUAAAUAUGCUUCGAGCGAAGCCUGCCGAGGAAGGACGCCAUUUUAUCUACUGAUAAAAUACCGGUGGGAAGAUUGUACUGCAUGCACCCACCGGUGAAAGGAGGGAGGUGGGCAUAGAGGGCAGUGGGGGGUGGAGACCACUACUGUGUUUAACCUGUGAAUGUAAGCUUGCAUUGUGCAUUUCUUUACUGGGAGGCAAUCUGCUUAAAUCUCCCACUGAGGUUCAUGUUGAGGUUAUAAACAACUACUGCGAAUGUGGCAAUUCUUUCCUGUGAUGCCUCCAUGUGACUGAUAAACUAAUGCUGCCGCCGCUGCUGCUGCUGCUGCAUCCCGUAAACAACGCUGACAAAAGUAGACAACUUAAGCCCUGGAGAGGAAAAAACAAAAGCUAAACCCACUAAAGUACACUUGUGUCAUCUGUAUGUCAACCACACAGACAUUUAUUAAAAAAAAAAAAAA